AUGGUGGAGCAGAUAGCCGCCACCAAGGUUUUGAUCUAUGAUCAUAAGAAGGGAUUAAAAGGAUAUUUCAUUGUGAUCAUUGUAUUGUCGUCAGUUGUGCUGCUAAUCGGAGGCUUCUCUUUGCUGUGGAAAUACAGGAGCAGAAUGGAAGUUUGCAAUAGAAGACGGAUGAGACGCCCGGGAAGUCUUGUGGACCAGAGUGGAUCAGUUGGAGGUCAGUCUACAGGGUUUUCUUCAGUGAUUGAUUUGCAAGAACAGGGAAAAGGUGAGCACAAUGUGCGUCUGUUUGGUUUUCAGACGAUAGAAGAAGCAACCAUUAACUUUUCUUCAUCGAAUUUGCUUGGAGAAGGAGGAUUGGCCCUGUUUACAAGGGCAUACUGCCUGAUGGGCAAGAGAUUGCUGUGAAAAGACUUUCUAGGAGUUCUGGUCAAGGCAUGGAGGAUUCAAGAAUGAAGGUCAUACUAAUUGCAAAUUGCAGCACAGGAAUCUA